AUGGCUGAACUCCGUGGCGCUUUCCAAAGCCAUAAUAGUAAUAAAGUCGGGGAUCAGCCUUCGAUAUUCGAUGUGAUGUCUCAGGAGAGUUUGAUGAAGUCUUUAAAGCCUGCGAUGAGACAUUUGGUCAAGUACCUAGCCAUGGUCAGCCCCAGCCGUUUCUCCACAGCCAGCAAAUGGUAUGAUGAGCUCUACACCCUAUUUGACUUAUGGCUUCAAAAUCAUUUCUUGAAGAAAUAUGGCGCAUCAUUCUCUGAGAAUUUCUACGGGAUGAAGCGCAUUUUCCAGAAAACGGGCACAAUGCCGAUGGCCGGGUUGAGCAAAAUUCGUUCACUUUUUAUUUUGGUACUUUGGCCUUAUCUGCGUGACAAAAUGGAUCAGCUGCAUGACGAUUUGAAGGUUCGAUUAGCCUACAUGAGCCAAGCAGCAAAGGACAGCAAUCUAAAGCUACGACUGGCGAAUUUGUUUGUGAAAUACUAUCCUUGGUUGAAGACAAUUAUCAGCACAGCUACGGUACUGCUGCAGACCGCUUAUAUAAUCAAUAGAUGCUUCAUCCAUUCUCCAUUCCUCUGGGCGGCCGGAGUCCGACUUGAACGGUUGACACCAAAUGACUUGGCAGCUUUUGAUGGUAUCCCGGCACAUCUACAACCAACAAACUUCUUGCAACGUAUGUGGCGUUGGUUCUUGGGACUUCCUGGAGUUGUAUCCCGGCUUUUCGGCUACGGGCUCUUCUUUGUCCAAUUUGUGGACUUUAUGUACAAUUCUGACGUUGGGAGUCAGCUGACGAAGAAGAAUACGGGUUACAAGGUCCCGCCAGCACCACAUAAGCUGUUGAUAAAUGAGGAGAACAUCGGCACCUUGGAAACUCACAAAUGUCCUCUUUGCCUGAAAAAACGAGUGAACAGCACCGCCCUUUCAACCUCAGGAUACGUUUUCUGCUACACAUGCAUCGACACAUACCUAAAACAAUACGGCCAGUGUCCCAUCACACAUGUACCUGCCGAUACAAAGCAGCUAAUUAGGCUCUACCAU